GGUGCCCCAGCCAACCUAUCGCCAUCGAUCGUGCAUCGGAAUCUUCCCGAACGCUUUUCUAUAUAACUACCUCCAAGCAAACCCCUCUCCUCUUCCUCCCCUCACCCGGUAGUCUAUUACUUGUAACACAACAACAUCAUGUCUCUCUCCAAUAAGCUUGCUAUCACAGACCUCGAUCUCAAAGGGAAGCGUGUUCUCAUCCGAGUUGACUUCAAUGUCCCCAUCCAGGAGGGUAAGGUCACUAACCCCGCCCGUAUCGUAGCAGCAUUGCCUACUAUCAAAUACGCUCUUGACAAUGGCGCGUCCAAGGUCAUCUUGAUGUCACACUUGGGCCGACCAGACGGAAAGGUCGUUCCCAAGUACUCACUCGAACUUGUCGCUAAGGAGGUCGAGAAGCACCUGGGCAAGUCUGUUACCUUCGUUCACGAGUCUGUCGGCCCAGAGGUAGAGAAGACCGUUAAAGAAGCUGCUCCGGGUUCCGUCAUUCUUCUCGAGAACCUGCGUUUCCACAUUGAGGAAGAAGGCUCGACCAAGGACAAAGAUGGCAAAAAGAUCAAGGCUGACCCCGCCAAGGUUGCCGCAUUCAGGGAAGGACUCACCAAGCUCGGUGAUGUUUAUGUCAACGAUGCUUUCGGAACUGCUCACCGUGCACACUCAAGUAUGGUGGGAGUCAAGCUUCCUCAACGUGCGGCUGGUUUCCUCAUGAAGAAGGAGCUGGAGUACUUCGCGAAGGCCCUUGAGCACCCCGAGCGGCCGUUCUUGGCUAUCCUUGGUGGUGCCAAGGUUUCCGACAAGAUCCAGUUGAUUGAGAAUAUGUUGGACAAGGUCGACUCCUUGAUCAUCUGCGGAGGAAUGGCCUUUACCUUCAAGAAGACUCUUGACAACAUUCCCAUCGGUAACUCACUCUUUGACAAAGCCGGUGCAGAAAAGGUCGCUGCCCUCAUAGAGAAGGCCAAGCAGAAGAACAUCAAAGUCGUCUUCCCUGUUGACUUUGUUACUGCUGACAAGUUCGACAAGGAUGCUACGACCGGCGUUGCUACUGACGCCGAAGGUAUUCCUGAUGGUUGGAUGGGUCUCGAUUCUGGCCCCAAAAGUCAGGAACUCUUCCGCCAAACUGUCUUGGAGGCAAAGACCAUCCUCUGGAACGGACCUCCUGGUGUUUUUGAGUUCCCCAAGUUCGCCGAAGGCUCCAAGUCCUUGCUUGACGCUACCAUCGAGGCGGCUCAGAAGGGUGCGACCGUCAUCGUCGGUGGUGGAGAUACCGCCACCGUUGUUGCUCAGUAUGGGGCGGAGGACAAGCUUAGCCACGUCAGCACUGGCGGAGGUGCUAGUCUCGAGCUCCUCGAGGGCAAGACCCUGCCUGGUGUUGCUGAGCUGAGCGAGAAGUAAGUUGAACAACGAAGCGAAUCAUAGAAGAGAAGCAAUCAAUGUGUACCAUUACAGAUAUCAUGCUGUAUUGU